AUGAACUGUGUGCGGAAGCUGCUCCGGGCCCGAGGGCUCUCUGCCAGACGAGGCAUCCUGCGGCAAGCUGCGCCGGGGAGGGCUCGCCCAUGGCUGCAGGGAAGCAGCUGUGCCCAGUGCGUCUGGCCGGUGCCUGUGCGGCGCAUCCGGAGCAGCGCUGCCCUGAGCCGUUCUGAGCUCGUCCCCACGGCGAGGGGGGACAAGGAGAAAGACAGAGGGUUCCAUGAUGGGUCCCUGGUGCCCUUUGAUGAGCUCUUCGAGCGGGCCCACGAGGGAGACAGGACCAAGGCCGCCUUCAGCCGCGCGGUGGAGCUCUUCUGCCAGAGGGACGUCCGGCGCAGAGCUCAUGUCGAGUUCAUCAACGCGGCCCUCAGGAAGAUGCCGGAGUUUGGGGUGGAGCGGGAUCUCGACGUCUACAACAAGAUCCUGGACGUCUUCCCCAAGGAAGUGUUCGUGGCCCGCAACUUCAUCCAGAGGAUGUUCAACCACUACCCGAGGCAGCAGGAAUGUGGGAUCCACGUCUUGGAGCAGAUGGAGAACUAUGGCAUCAUGCCCAACAAGCAGACGAAAUUCCUGCUGCUCCUGAUCUUUGGCGAGAAGAGCCAUCCCGUUCGCAAGUAUCAGCGGCUCAUGUACAGUUCCCGGCGGCCCUCCCCCGAGACCCCGUCGACCUCGCCAGGAUCAGCCUGCUAG